AUGCAGCCCGCGCUGACAGUCUUCUUCAUGCUGCUCUUUGUCCUGCUGUGUUUCCUGGGGAUCCUGGCCAACGGCUUCAUCGUGCUGAUGAUGAGCAGGGAGUGGCUGAGACGUGGUAGGCUGCUGCCCUCGAACAUGAUCCUGCUCAGCUUGGGGGUUUCCCGUUUCUUCCAGCAGUGCUUUGGGCUGGUGCACACCUUCAACUAUUUCCUCCACUCGGCUGAGUUCACCAGGGGUCUAGCCCGGCAGUUCAUUUGUUUGCAUUGGGACUUUAUGAACUCAGCCACCUUCUGGUUCAGCACCUGGCUCAGUGUCCUGUUCUGUAUAAAGAUUGCUAACUUCUCCCACCCCACCUUCCUCUGGUUGAAGUGGAGGCUCCCAGGGUUGGUGCCCCGGCUCAUUCUGGGCUCUGUCCUGAUCUCUUUCGGCGUAACCCUGCUGUUCUUUUGGGGGAACCACAAUCUAUAUCAAGACUUUUAUAUUAGACAAGUUUCCGGGAACAUGACCCAUAAGGAGUGGAACAGGAGGCUGGAAACUGACUAUUUCAUGCCACUGAAACUUGUCUCGAUGUCACUUCCUUGCUCUCUCUUUCUGGUCUCCAUUUUGCUGUUGAUUAAUUCUCUGAGGAGACACACCCAGAGAAUGCAGCACAGUGCCCACAACCUGCGGGACCCCAGCGCCCAGGCCCACACCAGAGCGCUGAAGUUGCUCAUCUCCUUCCUCAUUCUCUACGCUGCGUCCUUCGUAUCCCUGGUCAUCGAUGCCACAGUCUUCAUCCCCUCCGACAGCCUGUGGUACUGGCCGUGGCAGAUCACGCUCUACCUAUGCAUGUCCAUCCACCCCUUUGUCCUCAUCAUCAGCAACCUCAGGCUCCGAAGUGUGUUCAGGAGGCUGCUUCUCUUGGCCAGGGGCUUCCGGGUGGCCUAG